UGACGCGGAUGUUAGCCAGCCUUUGUGCAUGCAGUAGCUGUUUUAGCGCAAUUUUAGCCUAAGAAACAGUUGAUGUCAAAUGUAAUAGUUAAUCAGAAAUAUAUUGUUUAUUUGUGACGUUAGACAGUGAUUUUUUAGAAACCAAUAUCAUCCAUUCAAGUAAAUAGCACUUUGUUCAAAAAUGAUCUGAACUCCGCGCGUGCGCAACGUCCAGUUUCGUUUUGAUCAAGUUUGGAUGCUCCCACAAAACGCCACUUGGCGGCGUUUUAUAAACAGAAAUAUACGACGUAACGUUACACAUUUGAUUAUCCUGGAUUGUUAAAUUGAUAUUUAUCUGACGGCCGAAUACAGACUGCAUUGUCCUGAGAGUAUAAAUGGUUCUGCCCGUGCACAGUAAUUUUUUGCUCUGGUUUUGCGAUGUUUUCCAGCUUCCUGCUGCAGGUAAUCCCGUCGACACUCCAUAACCUUUCGCUUAUGGGAAGUAUAAGAUCAAUUGUGGCUUGUUUGUCUCUAGCCACUUUAGCAAGGAAAAUGAAUGCAGCGGCUGGGCUGUUCGUUGCGGGGACAUCAUGCGCGCGUCCCGCCGCUGCUACGCCUGGUCUCCUCCGCCUGACUUCAGUUCCCGGUUAUGAUCAAAACCGCGUCAAUGAUGUUUUACUCUUGAAGCCUGCCUCAGGAACACAAAAAAGAUGCGACAGCCAAACACAAAACAUGCAAAAUGGAAAUGCGCACGUUGUUUUCUUUCCUGGAGACAUUCAGAACUUUCAGCAAGAAAUGUCUCUUCACGCUGACACAACCCCUUGGCAAUCCUGGAAUCUUGAGGCUGUGGCCAUCACCUUGGGUCAUCGUUUCCCUGGCUGCCAUAUUUGGGUCAUCCGUGCGUCCCACAUGUACCUGCACAAGUUCAGCAGCUAUCAGAACUUUGUAGAGAGCAAUUUAUUUGGGGCACCAGAACACUCUCCAGACUAUGGAGCCAUCCGUCACCUGAGGGCACUCCUGGGUCACAGCAUGGAAGAGGCUGGACUCCCAAAUCCAUUACCUCCUCUCAGUGGAACAUCCACCCCUGCUCCUCUGCCUCCAGGUUUCACUCUAACCAUAGUGGGCUUCAGUAAGGGAUGUGUUGUUCUCAAUCAAAUCGUGUAUGAACUGGCUGGAGCUCGAGUAGACCCAGAACUUAGUCUGUUUUUGAACGGUGUUUCGGAUAUGUACUGGUUAGACGGAGGGCAUCCUGGUGGAAGUGAGACAUGGGUGACUGAUAAGUGUGCUCUGAGUGAGUUGGCCUCUAGUGGGGUGGCCGUCCAUGCCCAUGUCACACCUUAUGAGGUAAGGGACCCAAUGAGGGCCUGGGUUGGUCGUGAGCACCAACACUUCAUAAAGACCCUGGAGGAUCUAGGUGCCUGUCCAAGCCAGAAACUGCACUUUGAGGAUGAGCCGGCAUGCAUUGAAAAUCAUUUCCGGGUUCUUCUGGAGUUUUAACUGUUCUCAGUAUUUGCGCUCAGAAGUCUUAACAUGGAAUGUAUUCUUCCCAGAGCAUAGCGCUUUGUAUUGCACAGAUAUAUUAGUUAGUCAAUAGCUUUACUCAAUUUGUUUGAAUGAGUGGAUGAUUGCAGAUGAAGACCAAGCUUGUAAAAUGUUUAUCUGCCUUGCGUAAGCCUUGCUGUUUGAUCACACAGGCUUACUUCUCAAAUACAAGGACAUCAUGUUUAACCUAGUGCAAAUGUUGACAUGCUUAGUAAAGCUUUCUUAAUCUUACGAACCUCAUCCUGACGUUCCAAGGGCUGUUUUCCCCCACUUUGAAUUGAAAUGAUCAUUAUUAUUUAUUUAUUUAAAUAGAUUCAAUUUAAAUCCAUAUUUUUGUUCUAUUGCAGUUAAGCAAUAAGCAUGCAUUUGCAUUCAAGUGUGCAUGUUAUUAACAAUAUUAAUUGUAGUGUAUGGAUAUUCUUGGAUGUAAAGAAAAAGCUUCCUUAACAAAGAUAAUAUAGUCUCAUAUAUAGACUGAAUAUAGAUCAUCAGUCUAUGUUGUGAUGAUCAUUGGUUAACAAUAACAAAUAUGUCCUGGUUUGUGUGUAUAUUAUGUGUUUUGUUUAAAAUGAUAAUGUUAUGUUUGUUUUUUCUCAGUUGGAAUUAAUUGAAUGGAAUAUAUUUUUGAAAAUAAUAAAAUGCCAAAUAAUUCAGUGGAAUUUCUCAAUGAUCUGUACUGAAAGGGUUAGUUCACCCUAAAAUCUCAAGGGUAUCAUCACCCAUGUCUCUCUCAUAUUGUAACCUGUAUACAUUUCUUUGUUCUGAUUAAAACGAAGAUAUUUUGAGCAAUGUUUGUAACCAAACUGAUCAAAGUCCCCAUUGACUUCCACAGUAUUCUUAAACAACAUGAGAGUGAGUAAAUUGUGACAGAAUAUUCAUUUUUAGGUGAACUAUCCCAUUAAAUGUGUUUUCUGUGCUUGAUUUUCACACGAUUAUUCUCUAGAUGGCGCUGUUUAUCUAAAUAGUAAUCUACCAAAUGCGUCAUGAGGAUGAAUGUGUGGAUAUUGUCUGUAAUCUCCCCACAGUGCAGUGAGAUAAAUGUACACCCUGCUUCAUAGCCAUUCCAUGGUUUCAGUGCUGAUGUAAAUAAAUAAUACAGAUGUUGGAACGUAUUACUGCAUUGUUUAAAAACCUUGAUUUAAAGGGACACUCCACUUUUUUUGAAAAUAUGCUCAUUUUCCAGCUCCCCUAGAGUUAAACAUUUGAUUCUUACCGUUUGGGAAUCCAGAUCUCCGGCCAAUCUUUGGGUCUGGCGCUACAACUUUUAGCAUAGCUUAGCAUAAUUCAUUGAAUCUGAUUAGACCAUUAGCAUCGCGCUCAUAAUUUACUAAAGAGUUUCGAUAUUUUUCCUGUUUAAAACUUGACUCUUCUGUACAUCGUGUACUAAGACCGACAGAAAAUUAAAAGUUGCGAUUUUCUAGGCAGAUGUGGUUAGGAUUUAUACUUUUUUUUCUGGCGUAAUAAUCAAGGACUUUGCUGCUGUAACAUGGCUGCAGGAGGUGCAAUGAUAUUACACAGCAGCCGAAAAUAGUGUCUUUCAAUUGCAGGGGACUAUUUUCGGGGCACAAUGUAAUAUCAUGACCCGGAGAUCGGCUGAAUGGAUUCCAAAAUGGUAAGAAUCAAAUGUUUAACUCUAGGGGGGGGCUGAAAAAUUAGCAUAUUUUCAAAAAUGAAGUGGAGUGUCCCUUUAAAUAAUGCUCUUUAAAUGAACACAACAUGAGAAAAUGUAUUGUUGCAAGUAUAAACAUUUAUUCAAGUCCAACAGCUAGUCAAAGCUUGAGCAAUUGUGUCAUUUUAUAAUUACAGUGAAUCAUUAUGAUGUUGCAAAAAGUUUAAAAAAGAACAAUAAAAAUGCCUGAUCAAU